AUGUCCAUGGUAAAGCCAGACGGGACGCUGAGUUUCAAAACAUGGGCCCAUGUGGACCACUGCAUAGAUUCAGUUCGCCAACAACUCAUGUGCCAGGCUGAUAUUGCUGCCUUCACAUUCGACUGGCGGGCAGAGAAGAUUCUCGAGCCCAUGAUCGACACGAUUCACGUCUGCCGCAACUUUACCAAAAUUCAGGAAUGGGCCGAGAAUCAUUACGUGAAUCUGACAAACGCAAUGAAGAAAUUACACGUCGAGCAAGGAGAGAUUGUGAAUUAUACAGGUACAUACAACCCCGAGGAAUUUCUUGUGGAGAAUGAGAAUACGUAUGCCCCGGAAUGGUGGUUGAAUCUGCAGGUCAAGGACUACUUCGACGACAAUACUCUGUCUGCAAUUAGCAAAGAAUUAUCACGACAUUAG